AAAGAAAAACUAGUCGGUCGCAUUAUCCCCAGCCAAAGAAGGUCACAGUCAAUCCUCGAAUUUCAGAUGAGCGGAGAAAUUGGGCUGUGACUGUUCUUCUGACUAAUUUCUGUCAUCGCCGUGUAACAUUUGAUGGCAAGGGGCUGCUGUCGCCGAGAUCGUCGAUGCUUGUUUGAUGGCGCAGGGUGAUGGAGCAUCGACGGCAGAUUAUCAGAUCGAUUGAUAAACGCUCGGCAUCCGACUCGACCGCGCCUGGAUUUGCUGGAACCGAAAAUCAUCUUCCCUAAGACCGCUGUCCCUUGCCGUGACCGGUGGCGUGCUUGUGUUAGUCCCGACGCCUGGGCCCGAUAGCUCCGCUGAGACGAUGUCGGAGCCGAGCGAUCGCAGCGAGAGCCCCGCCGUCACCGAGUCGCACCCCGACACCACCACCACCACCACCCACGAGGAGGCCCAUCACAACGACAGGGAUGAUCGCCCGCCCCCGCGCAAGCGCCAACGCGUGAGGCUGUCUUGCCUCGAGUGCCGCCGCCGGAAGCUGUCGUGCGAUCGCGAGUUCCCCUGCUCGCGCUGUAUCCAGUCCGGCACUCCGGAGCGGUGUGAGUAUGAGACCCGGCCCGGAUUAGCGCCUCCGAACAAGCUCGGUCUGCCGCCGACCGCCCUGGCCGGUCUCGAUGCCCGCCUGUCCCUGCCGAGCACCGGGGGGGAGUCCCCCUACUUCCGCAAGGACGGCCGCGAGUCGGACCGCAUCCGCCGGCUGGAGCUCGAGGUCGCCCAGCUCAAGAGCCUCCUGGUCAAGCAGGUCUCGCUCGACGGUAGCACCGUCCAGGAGCGCUCCCCCUCGGACCUCCCCAAGUCGGAUGCAGAGCAGGAGGCCGAGGCCGAGGUGCCGCCCUUCCUACAGACCCAGGUGACGACUGCCGACAAGGAAGAGCUCCGGUUUUUCAGGGGCAAGGAGUUCAAGACACGCUAUUUCGGCCCGCAUAGUGCCUAUCUAGCCUUCCAAGAACUCACCGGGCUGUGCCCUUUCAUGAAAGAGACCUCGGAGGAGUGGUUGCGGCCGUUACACAUCCACCGGAACAAGGACCGCCGCAAGGACGCCGAGGAGAGGGAGCGCAAGUUCCGCGCGCCCGACCCGGCCCUCGAGGCCCUGCUCCCUUCCAAGGAGGAGACGGAUAAUCUGGUGAACAUCUACCUAAACCAAUUCGAGCAAGUUCACCGCAUCGUCCACAUCCCCAGCUUCCGUAGAGACUAUGCAAAGUUCUGGCUCCCCUCCGAGACCCGCAGCGCCGCCUUUACCGCGCUCGUCCUGGCCAUCAUGGGCAUCUCGAGCUGCCUGUCGGCCCAGAUGCCGCACAAGUUCGAAAAGAUGGUGUCGCACUCGCACGCGAACGCCAUCAAAUGGGUCGAGGCCGUCGACGCGUGGCAGGAGCGCCAGAGCCAGAAGCACCGCCGGCUGAUCCACUACCAGAUCGCCUGCCUCGUCUACCUGGCCAAGCGGGUCAACACGAUGAAGAAGAAGCGCUUCUGGAAGAACGCGGGGGCCAUGACGCAGGACGCCAUCUCGGUAGGCCUGCACCGCGAGCCCAGCCACAUGUGCGACAAGAUCUCGCCCUUCAACCAGGAGAUGCGGCGGCGGAUCUGGGCCACCAUCCAGAGCUACGACCUGCAGGCCUCGUUCGACCACGGCCUGCCGUCCAUCCUCUGCUCACUCCACUAUGACGUUAACCCGCCACGCAACAUCGAUGACGACGAGUUCGACGAGGACACCAAGGAACUGCCGCCCUCGCGCCCCCCGAACGAGUACACCUUCUCGUCCUACCAGCACAUCAGCCGUCAGAGCCUGCCGCUCCGGCUCGAGCUCAGCCGGGUUCUCACGGGCCCCCCGGAGGAGCUCGACUAUGACCGGGUGAUCCGCUACACCAACGAGAUCAACCAGGAGAUCGACUCGCUCCCGUCCUGGGACGUGAGCGAGGCGUCAUCCCAGGACCCGGUCGUAAAGAAGCCGCUCCUCGCCUACACACUACUGCACAUCCAGCUCCGCCAGUACAUCAUCCCGCUGCACCAGCCCUUCCUCCGGCUGCGCAAGACCAACUCCAAGUACCAGUACUCGGAGAUUAUCUACUACAACGCGGCGCGCGACAUGGUGCUGCUCAAUGACCGGCUCGCGCAGCAGGGGAUCCGCACGCUCAACUUCCUGCGCGAGGACAGCCUGACGCUGGCCAUCAACCUGGCCAGCGUCACCAUGCUGCAGCCGCGCGGCAGCACCAACAUGAUCAUGAUCAACUCGCAGCACACGCUGCAGCUGCUGGAGCGCUGCUUGGCCAUGAAGGAGGACCGCAUCCUGCGGUGCGGCAACAACGAGCCGUGGGGGUACAGCAUGAUGUGCGCCACCUUUGGCCUGCUCGAGGCCCACCUGGGCGUCAAGACGCCCGAGGCGGCCAAGGCGGCCAGCGCCGAGCGCUUUGUGCACCUGCACUGGAAACUGCUGGCCGGGCAGGAUCCGCCGCCGGGGAGUCAGCAGAGCGCUUCCGGGGGUGCUGCUGGUGCCUCGGGUGGAUGUUGCGGAGCGGGAGGAGGAGGAGGAGGAGGAGGCAGUGGUGCCAACACUGGCGCUGGUGCUGGUGCUGCUGCUGCUGCUGGCGGUCAAACCGGGGCAGCGGCGGGUGAACAGGGCAGGGCGGUGGCGGGGACGCCAUUUUCUAGCACGGGGAUGGGAACAUAUCCUGCCGGGCCAGGUCCGUCGCCGGCGGACGCGUUUGUGAGGUCGAAGUCGGUCACUCCGUUCGCGCCGUCGUCCUCCCAGCAAGGGGCUGGGCAGCAGCAGAUUGAGGUUCCCGGCACGCCGUGGUGGAUGCCCAAUACGGCAGACCAGUCUACCAUUCCGCAGGUGGGUUUCCCCAGUGCGCCUUUAUAUCGGCGUCGGCGGGCUCGAGCUGAUGUGCCCCAGAUGUUGCCCUUGAACCCGGACUUCAACUUCGAGACAUUGGGAUUUAACCUCAACGAGUUGUGGGGCAGCGGCAACUUUGAUUGGGACUCUAUGAUGCCGUGAGGCGUCUGUUCCGUGGCACCAGAUUCCAGGGGAGAGAGAGGAGAAGACGGAGAUUCAAGGCGGAUGGAUGGCGACAAAAAAAUGGUGUGGAUAUAUACCCGAGGAAAACAAUGAGUGUGAUACAGGAGAGAAAAGUCAAUAUACAAUUAUACCCGCCCUCGCUCGAAUUCAUUUAAAUAGUUGCGGCUCAGGAAUGAACUUUUUAAUCUCUGUUGCCGCGGCCGUUUGGGGCAGUGUAUUACUCGG